AUGAAAGGGUACAUAACAUAUAUUUUAUUUCUUUUAUUUCUUCACGUUGUAAUAGCGAGGAGAAAAUAUACGAAAUGGGAAAAGGUUGAAAAGGAAAAAGAUGAUGAAAAUGGUGGGAAGAAAAAAAUUGAGGUUGUUACUAACGCAAGUAUAGAUAUUGCUUGUUCAGGUAAAAAAUGUAAGAAAGCAUAUUAUCGUGGUAAUCUAGAGAAUACAGAAGGAAGAACUAUGGAAAAGGAGAUACACACAGAUAAAUCGUUAGGUGAUGCAGCAUUUUUAAGUGUGAAAAGUAGAGUCAAAGAAUAUGAAGGUGAUAAGGAAGUUGAUGAUGAAGAGGAUGAUGAAGAGGAUGAUGAAGAAUAUUAUGACGAAAGAGAUGACGAAAGUGAUGAUGACAAUGAAGUAGUAAAAGUUGGUGAGAAAGGGGAAACUGAAAACCUGAACAGUGAUACCAGUAAAACAGUAUUAAAACAACUGAAUAUAUUAAAAGAUAUAACCGAUAGAGUUAAAAAGGAAAAUGGAGUUCAACAUAUAGACUAUAUUAAUGAAGAAGAUAUUCCAAGUAUUGCUGAAGAAGAAAGAAAGAUAGAUGAAUUUUAUGAGUAUGAAAAUAAGGUAUUCAAAAACAUUCAUGAAAACAAAAAAAAUAUUUAUGCAAUGAUUAAUGAAGACUUGGAUGUGUUACUAAAGCCAGCUCAAAAGGAAUAUAUGAAGGUGGCAAAAGGUAUAAAAAAUAAAUUGUUGCUCGAGUACGAGCAGAUCCUUCAAGAAGAGCUGACAGACGAAUAG